CCGUGUUUGUUUGCUUUUUAGGCUCGUUAUAUAAUCUGACUUCCCGUCUGUUAUCAGCGGGGCCAUGUGACGUCAUCACCCAGCUCCGAGGAGGUGUGAGAGGCUCGAGCUGCCUCCAGACCUGCUAACGCACGAAAACAAACAGUAGCUGUGCCUUAGCUCAGCCAGCCAGCCGCUCUCUGGGGGAAAAAACGGGACGGAAGGCGAUUCGGGUCAGUUCUACUAUCGCGCGUCUGGAUGUGUGCUGAUAAGUUAGUGCGCGUUUUGCACUGACUUCAGCCUUUUAUGCAACCCACGACCAUGUCCGACGCUUCUAGCGCCCCUUCAACAGACAACAACGCAGACUCCGGGCUUAACGGGUCCUGGGUGGAGUUAGAGAUGAACAGAGGCACAGCUGGUUUGACCCAGUCAUCCUCCACAGGCGGUACGGCCCCGGGCCUGCUGCCCCUCCCUCAGGUGGAGGAAGAGGAGGCCAUGGUGGGGGGCCUGGAGCACGUCCCAUCCUCAUCCUCGAUCCACAACGGAGACAUGGAGAAGAUACUGCUCGACGCGCAGCAUGAGUCGAGCCGCAGCAACUCGUCAUGUGACAGUCCCCCGCGGCCCCACACUCCCCAGGACGAGGGACAGAUCAUAUUUGACGUGGACGUGACCAGCAGAAGAGACAGCCAAUCUGAAGAGGAUGUCGUGGACAAGGAGAGGGACAUGGACAUCCUGAUGAAGGACGCAGAUUGGGUUGCUGACUGGUCUAGUCGACCGGAAAACAUUCCCCCCAAGGAAUUUCAUUUCCGUCACCCUCGACGUUCAGUAACACUCAGCAUGAGGAAGACUGGGGCUAUGAAGAAAGGAGGCAUCUUCUCCGCUGAGUUCCUCAAAGUCUUCAUCCCGUCGCUGCUACUAUCACACAUCCUCGCUCUGGGGCUCGGAGUCUACAUCGGAAAGAGGUUGACCACGCCACCCGCCAGCUCCUUCUGAGCCUGGAAUUGAAGAAAAGUGCCUGAGAAGUGGCCAUGAGUUGUUUGAGAAAGUUUUGCUGUCGUGAGAAGAAUGCUCGUCUCUCCCCCCCUCUGUCCCGCCUGCCCCCCUUCCCCUCCUCGACCCUGAGAUAUGACAUGUUCUCAGGAGAAAUGCAUCUGCCUUUUCCUUUGUCCCCCCUCGUUUUUACUUAAUGGGCUGUUCUGACUGUCUGUAGACAUCACCCUCCUGCCCCCUUCACUUAUUUGUAUACGCUUUUCAAGAAAGAAUAAGGUCUCGUUCCCCUUUUCCCAGCUAUCGAGUUUAAAUGUUUCUAAUGGGUGGGUUUUCAGGGAGGGUUGCAGCAUUGAACCAAACUCUUAUAUACAUGCUGAUUCAGUGCCCUUUGAUUAUCUGACUAAAAGGGAGGACUGUUGUUGUACUGACCGCAGAUUGUGCCACCUGCAUGAGCAGCCCAGCACUGGAAAAGGUUCGACUGAGUCUAGAAACGGCCGCACAGACUGAAAAUGUGAUCAUGCCUUUUUGAAAGUGGCCAUUUUGUUCAUUUUCUUUCGGUAGUAUCAUCUUUUUAUUUAUUUACAACAGUGGUGGUUUAUUUAAAAAGGAUUUAAUGAUGAAAGGAGAUACCUUAGUGGCUAACCCAAACCGUAGCCGCUAGUGAGCUGCGCUGGGGAAGUCUCCGUUUGCCAGAAGGUAGAUUUAUGUGACCAGUUUUCCACUGUUUCUGUGACAGAAAGUAGAAGAUCUAUUUGGUUGUGCAUCUGAAUGCAUAGUUUGCUAAUUGACAAUAAUAAUGGGAAGUCAGGGUUAGUAUGCGAGCUGCUGUGCAGGCAGACCGUGCGUAUGUUCAGCAUCUACACUAACAGUAUUUUGUGGUUGGGUCUUGGGUAACGGUGCUGAACAGUCCAAAAAAUUCAGUCGUCUGUCCAGCGAACCCCCUAGUUUGUCUGCAGGGUGUCUGCUUAGUUCCUGCUUACUUUUAAUCCAUAUCGGGCUGGAAAUAGCUAAAUACCGCUUUGACUUAUUAUUUGAGUGUAUUUGAAGUAAUCAGAAAAACAAAACUGGUACCAAAAAGCUUUGUGGUUUGAGAUCUAUAGUUAGGAACAUUUGUUUUCAAUAUAUCUUUAUUUGAUUUUAAAAAGUAAAAGGUAUUUCAUUUAAGAAAAAUACCAUUAAGUUUGAUGUAAUUUACUUUUAUACGAUUUCUACUAACUUGCCGUUAGAGCCAUUACUAUUAUUGAGGAAGAAACCUCCAGCCCUGCUCCCUGACACUCCGGUGUGUUUGCCAAAACGCCUUGAAAACGAGCAGAAAUAAUCCACAAAGCUGCAUGUGAAAGGAUCUGACUAAUGUGUGCGAGUUUGGACGGGCAGAAGGUACCUGGUGAUGCUCUAUUCUAUAUUUGUCUCUUUUCUUCCAGCGGAUCUGCCAAAAAGCAUCAGCCUCUAGCUGCCUGGAGGGGGCUUUGUGUAAACUGGUGGUUUACUAGAAAGUUUAGCGCGGUCAUGUGUUCACGCAGCAUGGUUGAACAACCUAGUGUCAGACCUGUGGUAUCUCUGAGGCUGGACCGCGCUCAGUUUUUUGUCUGAGCGAGAUCAGGGUCAGCAGGGUUGCAACUUAGAAGCUGAGAUCCAACUGAACAUCACAUCUCUUGAGGUUAUCCUGUGUGACAUACAAAGGUUUAUUUGACAAAAACUCAUUCCAUGCACAACUGAAUAAUGACUAGGGGACGUGUGCCGUGAGAUGUGCAGUUGUACAACAGGGAUUCGUCCUGAAUCCGCCAGGUGAAAAUGAGCUCAUCACGUUGUUAUUGAGGUCCGUUAUUAGAACAUAGAGUAUGCUACUUUUACAUGGAACUUGGAAGUGUUUUUUUUUUCUCCUUUGGAUUAUAAUACAACUACACGACUUGCCUUUAUUUAAUGUCAAAUAUCAUGAUGCAAUAUAAGAAGAGACCAUUCUCAAAACAAAACUUUGGCCAUAGAGGUAAUGGUAAAAGUAAACUUUCUCUCCUUGAUAUGCUGACAUAACAUGCUCAUUGACAACUAACAGCAACCCCACCAGUUGAUCCAUUGUGUCCAGUGUUUGUUGCACUUUCAGCUUUUAAAGUGGUGUUUGGGGUUGUUCUUUCCCGUCUAGUUUGUUUGGCCUCCUGGUUUGUCGUGUUUCCCCCCGGUGUUGGACAAAGAUUGUUGACGUGGAUCAUGUUAUAAGUGUGAAGCCUGAACCCGUGUUGAUGAUGGCAGGACCUGAUGAUGUGAACAGAAAUGGAAGGUGCGGGAAGAGAUUCCCCUCAGACUGUCGUGGUCUAACAGUAGUUAUUGUAAUGAUGCAUUUGCUUUAAUUUUCUUUUUCCCCAUGACAUUGGAGAAGUUGAUUAAACAUUUUUGUCAUUAAAGAUUACCUGAAUGAA